AUGCCUGGUCGAGUGCCAGCUAGUAAGCCAAAGGACGAGACUCUUUGCAGGCGAUGCCAGGACGUCGAGCCUGCCAUCGUGCUGCGCACAGAGCCACUGUGCAUCGCCUGCUUCACCAAGUAUGCACACACCAAGGUUGUGAAGCGUCUGGACACAUUUCGCGUGCGGAACGCUGAGCUUGGCGGGCAGCGUAAGCUGCUGCUCCCUUUGUCACUCGACACCUGCUCACUCGCCCUAUUACACAUCCUGAGUCAGCAUCUACGCGGCCAAAUCGAAAGGACGGGAAGGACUGGCUUCAAGCUACACAUUCUUCACGUCUGCGAGCAGUCGUCGGAUCUCGAUGCCAACGAAGCAGUCCUGGCCAACGUCAAAGUACGAUAUCCGGAGCACGACUAUUGCACCCUGCCUUUGUCCCAAGCAACCUCGUUGGAAGACGUGGGCGCGCUCUUCCCUGACGUGACAGGCGGUGCUGUCGGCGACGAUAGCAGUCAUCAGCGGCUCCAUCAAAUCCUCAAUUCCGUGAAAUUUGCCACGGCUCGCCAAGAUCUCGCGCGAACGCUGCAGGUACGACUCGUCGUGGACCACGCGCGGCGAGAGGACUGUGAGGCCAUUGUCUGGUCAGACAGCACCACAAAACUGGCGGAGCGAACGUUGGCAGAAACGGCUAAAGGCCGUGGAUUUGCCCUUCCAUGGCUCGUGGCAGAUGGCAACACGCCACAUGGACUCACUUUCUACUACCCUUUGCGGGACCUUCUGACCAAGGAAGUGGAAGCUUACGUGUCGUACAUGGAACCGUCUAUGGACAACUGCAUCAUCAAGACCGACCGGAGGCCGAUAGUCAGUACAAAGAACUCCACCAUCGACCAUCUCAUGCAGCAGUACUUCGAAUCCGUUGAGCAGGAUUAUCCUUCAAUCGUGGCAAACGUAGUAAGAACGACUGGCAAACUGAAAGCGACAUCAUUGGAGGAAAUGGAGCAACAAUGCGAGCUAUGCAACCUGCCACUUCAAGGCCAAAGUCCCGUGAAGAGCAGACUAUGCUAUGGUUGCAUCCGAAAUAUGCCGCAAGCGUCUGGUUGA